CCAGUGUGAGGACCAGGAUCACUCCAUGGCUCUCCCUUGUCCCCUGUUCCUCUGGUCCUAAACGCUGCUCUGGGAGCCAAAAGGGGAAUUUCAUUCUGCAGAGGUACGUGCUGCACAGGCUCUCAGUUACUUCUGCUCUGCUCCUUGAUUGCUUUUUACUUUGAAAAGGGCUUAAACCCAGCCAUUUUAAUGCGUGGUACAACAAGUAUUAAAGGGGAUCCUCAGGUGCUUAUUUGUUUCUGUGAAAAAAGGAUUUGCUCGCACACAGUUUUCCCAGGAGGUGAGCACACACAUCCCAAUGUGAGGUGGGCAUAAAGGGGGAUUUGGGGACACUGUAAGGCCCCAUCCUGCACAUCCUCAGCGUGUGUUCUGCCUUUCACUUUGCUGGUGGACACUAUUGUGGUUUCUGUUCCCAUCAUUUAGUUUUCAUCCCAGUUUCAAUCCAAUUAUAGUCACACCUGCAGCCGCCCAGCAUCCCAUUCCCGGGUUGCUUGUUCCCAUAUUGAGCAAUCCCUGGCUGCAGGCAGAGCUCGGCAGCUCUGCUCUUUCCAAAGCUGUCCACAGUGUUGAGUCUUCCCUCUGGAAGCCGGGGCACUGGAGGACCUUGUCUCCAGAUAUCCCUGUGCAUGGAAAUUCCUCCUGCACUUCUAUAGCAUCCCCCAGCGAGUCACUAUGGGCCUGGGCUUGCAGCUACUGAGUGAUGGGUGCCCUCGGGGGAGCGGGUGAGUGCUGGGUGGUGGGGAACAAGCAUUCCAUGGUGUCCCCCCCCAAUCCUGGCUGCAAACAGGGGGUCCCAGCUCCAGCGUGUUUGCAGGGAUGAUCUACAGACACAGCGUGGCACUAGCAGGGGAGAAGGGGCUGGUUCAGCAGCGUUUGAGCAAUCCCAUCUGGUGUCUGAGCUGCAGCAGACGCUGGGGAAAGGAAUAUUCUCGUUUGCACUUGGUGCCAAGGCUCUUCCCUGGCGAUCCACUGCUUUUACAGCUGCUGGCUGCUCCGAUCGGGCUGCGUUCCUCCCAGAGCUGAGCAACUGCUGUUUCCAGCAUGACAUGACCAGUCCGACCAAGCCCUGGGAUUAUCCAGCUGCUCCUCUGCGCCAUUCCCGGAUGGCUGAUGCUGAGCUCAGGCAGCCUCCUCCUUGCUUGCUCCUGGCUGGAGCUGACCCGAUGCCUCUUGGGCCAUCCCUUGAUGUGGAAUGUCCAUCUCUGUGAGGUGGGAGGAUGCUGCAGCGUGCCGGGGGCUGACACACGGUGCCGCCGGCCGCGGGACCCCCACUGCCCGCCCCAUGGUCCCCGCCGGCUGCCGGGGCAGCGCCCCGUGACCCGUGGCACCCGCAGCAGCGAGCCCCUGCCCUGCGCCCCGCCAUGACGAGCCUCUUCCGCCGCAGCAGCAGCAACGGCAGCUCCCGCGGCGGCUCCUCCGCCCAGGAGCUCAACAACAGCCGCCCCGCCAGGCAGGUCCGGCGCCUGGAGUUCAACCAGGCCAUGGAGGACUUCAAGACCAUGUUCCCCAACAUGGACUACGACAUCAUCGAGUGCGUCUUGAGAGCCAACAACGGCGCCGUGGAUGCCACCAUCGACCAGCUCCUGCAGAUGAACCUGGACAGUAGCGGUUGUGAUGACAGCUCGGACUCGGAGGACAGCAUCCCCCCCGAGAUCUUGGAGCGGACCCUGGAGCCGGACAGCUCGGACGAGGAGCCCCCUCCUGUCUAUUCCCCUCCUGCCUAUGAGAGCCAGGCGCUGGGCAGCCGCUACCCCCGUGCACCUCCCACCCCACCUCCCAGGACGGACGUGCCAGGGCCCGGCAGCACCCCAGUGUCUGGGCACUACAGGAACUGGAACCCACCGCUCCUGGGCAACCUCCCUGAGGAUUUCCUCCGCAUCCUGCCCCAGCAGACCGCCGGCACACAGGGCUCCCCCGGCCGCCGGCAGCCCGUGCCACGGGGGCUCACCCCGCGGGGCCAGGGCUCGCUGGAGCAGGAGCGGCGCUGGAAGCAGUACCUGGAGGACGAGCGGAUCGCGCUCUUCCUGCAGAACGAAGAGUUCAUGAAGGAGCUCCAGAGGAACCGGGAUUUCCUCCUCGCCUUGGAGAGAGAUCGAUUGAAAUAUGAGUCAAAAAAAUCCAAGUCGACCAGUGUUGCUGUCAGCAACGACUUUGGGUUCUCCUCCGUAUUAUCAGGUGACGCAGCCCCCUCUGCACCCAGCGAGGCCGGCGGCGCCGUGUCUGACGAUGCCUUAUUCAGAGACAAGUUGAAACACAUGGGAAAAUCCACACGCAAGAAGCUGUUUGAACUCGCCAGAGCCUUCUCCGAGAAGACAAAGAUGAGGAAAUCGAAAAGAAAACACUUGUUGAAGCACCAGGUGAUGGGGACAGCAGCUUCCACGGCAAAUCUUCUCGAUGAUGUCGAAGGACAUUCAUGCGAUGAAGACUUCCAAGCACGGAGGCAGCAGCUCCAGGAGGAGGAGGAGAUGCUGAAGGAAGGGCAGUAAAUGGUCCCAGCGCUGGGGUUUAGUGCUGGCACAGAACGUGCCCAAAGCUUCAUGAGAAGAUGGCUGAAAAAGGAACAAAAGACACCCAACAAAUCACCCAGAGUUUUGGCUGCUCCCCCUCUGCUGCUGUACUCCUCGGAAGUACAAGUAUUGAGGCACAAAGUUUUCUUACGAGUGGUUUGAAAACAACUUCUAUAUAGCAAAUCAGCCAAAAAGGAAUCAAAAUGAGGAACAAACCAGGUCGGGAGCUGCUGGGAGCUGCUCUGAGGAGCCAGCGGAGCUUGGGCUUGGGAGGAGCAGCGCGAGCGGCGGCGCAGGAGGAAUGGGAUCAGUUGUACUAACGCGGAUGCAUUCAACGUGGGAUCUGCUUGGCCAGAGCACUCCUGAACAUAUCUCUGUAGUGAUCUGGUGUAACUUUACUCUGCGCACACAGGAAAAAACCAACACGAAACACGUGAGAGAGAGAACCUACAGCCGUUGUCUAUUAUUGCUAGGAGUAAUGAGUGGAGAUUCGGAUCAGGUGAUAGUCAAAUGAUCUAUAAAUUGUUUUUAAAAGGAAAGGCCUUCUUUUCCUAGGUGUUUUACUUGGAAUUAAACCUUUGCCUUUGGCAUUGCUAAAACUGCCUUGAAGUUACAGACGCUUUGUGCCGGUAGGGCAGCACCAAGGGCUGGACUUUGCACCGGUGUCACCAUCGCUGCCAAAGCCGGACGCAUCCCAUCGGGAGCAUCAUGCCAGUGGUGAUCCCGGCUGCUGGGCAGGGCACUCCAUGGCCCCAGGGAUGCCCCUGCCAUAGGUAAGAUGCAGAGCACCAGCUGAGGCCGGUGGUGUUCUGGGCGCAGAGGGUUUGCACAAGGGCUUGUGAGCGCCGCUGGGUUUGGUGCGGGGCCGGGGCUGGCCCGGUGGCAGGAGCACCCUUCCCUGUGCCCACCCCAGGCUGGUUCUGCUGUGGGGCUGGCAGGCAGUGCCUGAAUCAUUGCAGCUUUCGGAGAUGCUGUCAGGCUAAAAAUAAUGAUGUAAACAAAUUCCUUCCCUGUGUAAGUAAUGAGUGAUGAGCAUAGAGGCAGAAAUCGCUCCCGCCAGCACAUUUUCUUCUCCUUUAUCGGCAUAAUCUGUUUACUGCUAAAUGCAUGAGGUGGCUCUAGACGUGCCUGUUUCACUUUCUGGCUCCUGCAAAGCAGCACAACUGUUGUGAGAUGGGAGCUGCGAAGGCGGCAGACGCAGACACCCAGCCCUCCAACACACACGCAACUGUUUUCCCUGCCUCUCCGCAGGGUUUGGUAACAAAAGUCCACAUUGCAGGCGCCAGCUCCCAACAGGCUCCUUUUCAAACCCCCCUGAGCCCACACGCCUUUGAAGUGGACGCCAAGAUUCCUUUCCCUGUGAGUGGUGCAGUGGUUGGGAUCGGUGGGGACCCGGGUGCUUCACCCUCUCCCUGGUCCCUGGGCUUUGGUCCCAAGGGUGAGGGCAGGAUGCGCUGGGCUGAAGCACCCAGGAUGCCAGCAAGCUUUGGGUUCCUAAAAGCAAAGCAGCCCAAGAGCCAUCCCACUGAGCCGAUCCCAGCGUUGGGGCCUGCUCCUUUUCUUUUGAAGGAAGGAUGGAGGAGCAUCCCUUGAGUCACGGCAGCCUGGCCAACAGGUUAGAGCCAUCCCAAGCCACGCUGGCCCUGCCUUGACAUGCGCAGGCUCCAAGCUCACCCUGCUGCGUGCCCAAGGCUGGAGCUGCACCAUGCAGGGCAAAGAUGGGUUGUCUGGAGGCGCAUGUCCCUGCCUGGCUCCGGGUGCGAGGGGCUAAGUGUGAAGCUGGGAACAGAAGGUUCUUUAGUCCCUGGGUGGGACUUUAUUCCCAGCCAGAGACUGGUGGAUGGAGAGGAGGGGCUCCUUCCCUCCCUUCCGCUGGCUCUGGGGUCUAUAGGAAGCUGCCAUUACUCCCUCCCAAUCCAAAGCAGCUCUUCUGCAUAUUUGGAAGAAAAUCAAGCUUGGAACCGGCUCAGCUUGUCAGUGUUCCAGCGCCUCUUAGCUACCGAGGGCUUAACUCCCAGCGAAGUUUCCAUGAAGGCAGGAAGCACCAACAGGCAGUCGGGCAGGAGCUCAGGCUCUGGUGGGAAGGGAAUUCUGCUUCUCCCAGAUGAGGAGGUUGUUGUGCCGGGAGGAGAGGCAGGAAAGCACUUGCGUGAUUCCAGCAUCCCUGAGUGAUUCCAGCGCUGCCGAGCGCAUGGGAUUUGCUGUGCUCCCCAUCCUUGCUGCAGGAUGGGUGCUGCGGCUGUGGAGGACCGGGGUGAGCUCUGGCGCUGGGCAAGCCACGUUCCACAUCACGUCACAGGUCAGUGCUGCUGGAACCGAACCCUGGCUUUAACCGCAGCGAGUGCGUGGUGGUGAGUCCUCUCCCGGCUCUGCAUGUCAGGGGACACGUUGCCUCUGAGCUGGCUUUGUAACCCCGCUGUAGUUUGGUGGUGGAGAGGAGCCCCGAGGCUGCCUCGACUUUGCUUGGGGCUGGUUUGGCCGAGCACAUCCCCAGUGCCCAUCCUCUGCUCGCUGUGAUGCUGCCCGGGAUUCAGGGCUGCCUGCAGGGGAGAGAACAGGGAGAGGAAGGGCAGUUUGGGGGCCGCGAGCUGGAGCGCGGGGAUGGGAUGGGUGUCAGGCAUGUGCUGGGUGCGAACCCCCCGGCCUCAACAGCUCCAUCUGCCCCGCCAGAAAAGGUUUUGUGUGCAUAGAACCAUAGGUUUGGGUUGGAAGGGACCUUAAAACUCAUCUAAUUCCCUGCCACCUUCCACUAGACCAGGUUGCUCCAAGCCCCAUCCAACCCAGCCUUGUGUUGAGUGGGUCUGGCAAUGUGCUAACCACAAAGGGUCCUGUGCCAGCACCAACCCGUGCGCCUCACAGGGGCUUGGGGAUGAAUGUCUUUGCUAACAUGGUCUAACAACGCGCCCUUCAAUCCCCAAGGCAAAGCCUCUCUGAAUGAUGUCACUCCAUUUGUAGCCAUUUCAAAGUAUCUGGGAGGCACAAAGCAUCAUUUGAAUGGAGGGUGAAGAGUGCUUUUAUGUCCUUUAAACAGAAAAUAAUCAGGUCUAAUGAGUAGAAAGGCCACUAAAACCGGCUCAGAAGCGAAAAUGCGUUUCUUACAUAAAGAUGUUAAAUUCUCAGUGACGUUUGUAUCACUUCUAUACAAAAUGGUUUAAACAAACCAGAAAACUCGGUGGCGUUUGUGAGUGUUGCUAUUUUAGAGUUUAUUUCCAUAAGUGAUUUUUUUCUUAAAGAUGUUUAAUAGUAAUUCAUAUAAAUAAAGUCCUGUUGUACUCU